ACGUUGACGUCGAUAUCUUCACAUAACAAACAAACCAUGUCCAAGAUGAGAUCUUUUACAGAGAGAAAGUGAUUCAGUUAUUACGUAUAUAUAUACACAGAGAGAGAGAGAGAGAGAAGAAAGAGGAAAUCAGAGAUUGCAGCAGGUGAUGGGGAACGCAUCGUGUUUUUUGGUGGGUUGCAUAGACCAAGCAAGCGUAGGGGUUGUUGAGAAAUGGGGUCGGUUCGAGAAAUUGGCUGAGCCAGGUCUCAAUUUCUUCAAUCCUUGCGCCGGUCAGUAUCUCGCCGGUGUUCUAUCCACCAGGAUCAACUCUCUCGACGUCAAAAUCGAGACCAAAACCAAGGACAACGUAUUUGUUCAAAUAGUUUCUUCAAUUCAGUACCGAGUAAUAAAGCAAAAUGCUGAUGAUGCAUACUAUGAGUUACAGAACCCUGAGGAACAAAUUCAAGCCUAUGUUUUCGAUGUUGUACGAGCUCAGGUUCCAAGAAUGACUUUAGAUCAGCUCUUUGAGCAGAAGGAUGAAGUUGCAAAAUCUGUAUUGGAGGAACUUGAAAAGGUGAUGCGAGAAUAUGGCUACAGCAUAGAACACAUACUGAUGGUGGACAUAAUACCUGAUCCCUCAGUUCGUAGAGCAAUGAAUGAGAUAAAUGCAGCACAAAGGCUUCAGCUUGCUAGUGUGUACAAGGGAGAAGCUGAUAAGAUCCUUCAAGUUAAGAAAGCAGAAGCGGAGGCUGAAGCCAAGUACUUGGGAGGAGUUGGUGUUGCAAGGCAGAGGCAGGCAAUUACAGAUGGGUUGAGAGAGAACAUCUUAAACUUCUCCCAUAAAGUGGAAGGUGCAACAGCAAAAGACGUGAUGGAUCUGAUCUUGAUCACACAGUACUUCGACACCAUUAAAGACCUUGGAAACUCAUCGAAGAAUACAACCGUGUUCAUACCCCAUGGGCCUGGCCAUAUUAGAGACAUCGGCGAUCAGAUUCGAAAUGGUAUGAUGGAGGGGAAAGCAGGCACCUCUUUCAAUGUUGAUGACAACUGAGUAUUAUCGAUUGGACCUUCUUCCUCUUGUCAUAAAUUUCAAAUAAAGAACACUAGUUCUAAUGUUGCCUUCAUUUCCAAAUGUUUCAGUUGUUGGUUGAUAUACGUGAUAGAAAAGGCUGUAGGUAUAUGGAACUUGGAAUUUUGCUGUUACUAGUGUGGUAAAUAUAUGCAUACUUUUUACUU